AACUUUACUACAUUUUUUUUUUUAAAUCAAAAAUGUUACUGACUGCGAAAAAUUACGACGCUAUACCUAAAAACCUUUAAUCUUUAUUCCGAAAAUUGUUAUUACCAUAGCUUAUUAUGGCUCUCACAAGAAACAGUCGUUUUUGAAUGUCUAUUAUAAAAUGCGUUGUUUUUUUGUUUUCCAACCACCCUGUAUAUGUCUCAUUUUCUGUGUGCACGCUCGAGGUCGCUCCGCCCCUGUUUUUCUUUUUUCCUGGUAAUUUAGAUUAUGGUUCCAUUACGGAAAUUACCCCAUUUCCCUCCAAAAAAUCUCCUAAUCGAUCAAACAAAAAUCGCUGCCGAGAUUGGUUUCCAUUUAUUAAAUGCGCGUUCGAGCCUCAUCAAUAUACGUUUGAUCCGCGCGGGUUUUUCCAUAUUGUCCGAGGGUAGAACUGUUUUUCCGAAGGGCGGUCGCGUCGAAAAACGGCAUUUUUCAUUCGCACGUAAGUAAUUUAUCGAUUUCGAAUGUCGGCGUCAAGGUUCGCGGUAUUCACUUGUGUUCUUCGUUGUUUUCCGAGGUGAGUGUUUGGAAAACUAUUUCGAUACGGAGCCGGGAAAUGCCGGCUUGAAUCAAAUGGAAAGGGCGUGUAUAGCGAGGGAAAUUGGCUGAGGGAGGAUGUGCGAAAAUUUCGAUGAUUAUGGAAAAAUGGGGGGCGCAGGGCGGAAGAAUCCGGCGGAAUAUACUCGUAAUGGGGUAAAUAAAAAUGGAUUGUUUAUUUUGUGAACGCAGCCGGUUUUGUUUUUGUGGAGUACGAACUUGUAGCAUCUGAAUUGAAAUUUGCUUACAACGUGGAAGAUGGAGCUCAGCGGAGCGUUUUAAUAAAGAAAUAGGUUUUGUUGAAUAACGCUAUGUGGAAAUUGUUUUGCUGAACAUGGUGGAAAACCUUGGAAACUGAUCGAUACACACGACGGAUAAUGUUUAUCGACAGAUGUUGUACAAUGUGGCAACAAAAAUAAAACGCAAUUCAAAGUCAAAAACAUGGAAUAUUUGCGGACAAAAAACUGCAACAAAAAAAAUCUUCAUGAAAACUUCGAGAACAUGUACAACGAGUUUCAGAGUCGAAGACUUUGUCUUAGUUCCCGCUGAUUACUUUUUCAUAUCUUAGGGUUCAUACUAAUUCUUCCACUCCCGUGCGCUCAUCUAUAUUUUCAGGCCGGUAUUUGCGUUUUUUGUUUUUUCGCCCAUCCUCAUUACUUUUCUGUACAACGGAAAAAAAUUUUCCUGUCAGUAUUUGUUUACAAAAAACAACUUUUUCAGCGUUACUCAUAGCAACGUUGAAGCCUGUGGGGCCAAGGACAUUUUUCAGUCAUUUUGUUAAUACAGCACUUUUUCACCCUCUUUUCAUUUACUUAAUUUGCAUCUCUCAAUUUUCAAAAAAACCCAAAAUUUAUCAUAAGUGAAAAUCUUCCUACCGUGGGCUUUCGUUCGUGAAACAAAACCCCUUGUGUAAAUGAAUUAUGUUUGACAUUUUCAAGUAACAAAUACCAAACCAAUUACAUAAUUUUUUCAGUUAUUAAACACACACAGUGGGCGGCCUCACAAAAAAACCUCCAACUGCUUUUAACUUCUGUUUACUCCUACCAAACAGAAUGUUUUAAAACCCCUGACUUCUGACAUCUUCCCCCGCCCGCCCCCCACUUAAUUAAAUCCACCCCUGCCUUUACAAAUUCAUCUAUUUAUGUUUACAUACAAUUACGUUGGAACCCACCCGCAAAUGAAAUUCGCAUGAAUUUUAUGGAAGUCCGCAACUAACCCACCACGUAAUAUUUUUCAUUGCUUGUUUUUAUUUACCCCCUUGGAAAAAAUAUCACGUAUUAACGUCGAUGUAAAAGAUCAUUGCCACCGCUCGACUCAUAAACUCAUCGCGAAUUAAAAGCGAAACGUCUUGGCCGUAAAAGACCAACGUUACGAGUCACGUGACUUAAAUAGCACGCGCUUGUUCCUGACGGUUUUUUUGCAAACAAUGGUUAAAUUUUCACGACGUCUCCGAGGGUGAAUGGCUUUUGUUCCGCGGUGAUUUUUUCCAGGAAGAGUGGAUCUUCGCGCGUUAAUUAAUGACACGAACCAGACUAAUAAUCUCCCGGUAUAUACCUUUUCCAGGAUCAUUAAUUACCCAACAACUUUCUCGUGAUAGAUUCGAGCCGGGUCAUUUAUUAUUGCUGCAAGUUCUAAUUUUAUUUUGUGGAAAUUUUUAACUAGGUGCUAAACUCGCCGAAUUAUGGUUCUGGGACAACGUAAUUUAUAGUUUCGUGUAUUCAGGGGAGAGUAGUGACCCUUUUAAGACGCCCUUGGGCCCUAUCACGCAUGGAAAUUGAAUCGCCAUAAAUAUCGCAAGUGGGUUAAUUAGGAAGCGCGGGGAGCAGUAUUUUUGUCGAUUGACGGUGAAAACUCGUACGGAUUUUUAUUUUUUUUAUUUCAUUAUAAUCUCAACGCUAAAUUCUUUUGACGGCUUUCGUACGUCGUAAAAGGGAGCUGAAAGCUUUUUUCAGAAAGGGUGGGUAUUGGAUAACAUGCCUCACGCAAUGUAAAUGUUAAAUGUUUUGUCUUCAUCCUACAACAAUUUUAGAAGGUUCUAGGGCAUGAACUCUCGUACAUAUUGAUUAAUUUUACCAACAAUUUAGCAUAACAUCGGGGUGUCAUUUAUAAAGCGCUGAAAUAACGAGGGACUCCCGUUGGAGCCUGGUUGGAAUAAUAGAGAAAAAAUUGAUUUAAAAGUUCGAAAUUUCCACUUUGUAAAUUUUUAAAAUUCGUCGACCGCUAACCCUUGUAGCGCCCAUUCUGCCCCGUCCCGUUUUUCCUUCCUCUCGAAAAUGCCAAUCACUCGACACAAAAGCGACCGCCCCAAGACCGAAUUUCUAAAAAUAACUGCCCCAUAUAUCAUCCCAUUUGCAAUGUAAAACACUCCGAUAUUUUCAAAGAAAGCUCCCGAUCCGAGGCAACGUAUCGCGUUAUUGUAGCCCGUCUGAAAAAAACGAUUUCCGUACGCCGCCAUCUUGCCACAUGCCCGUAAGGCAAUUGUAACGUCUUUUAAUACCGGCGAAAAGAUAAAGUGCGGCUUUUCCGCGGCCCAAACGACGUUAUUAAAUUGAAUAGCGGGGAUUAAUCAAGCCGGAAAAGUUUAAAAUAAACAAAAUCGCGCGCGCCGGAAAAUCUACAUAUGCAAAUCUAAUUAGCAUUUAUUUUAAUUUCGGACGAGGAACAUUAGGUCGGAUUUGGAUUUUAUUAUUCGGCGAGCGGGAUUAGGGAUGUUUGGUUUCCAUUUGGAUUCUUUGUUAGGUAGGCAGCCAUUUAUACGACUAGCGCGGAAAGGAGCUUAGCCCCGAGGGUAAUAGUUUUCGCUUCUGACGACAUAAAUUUGAUAUGACGUGAGUCGAGGACAAAAGUUUCGGCGGUCUGCGGAGACGGGACCGAGAGUAAAUCUCGUGGAUUUAAAGGGACGAUUGGGUUAUUACACGCAACUUUCUUGUCUCGAAAAUGAACAUCAGGUGUUGCGUGACACGACAAAGCACAACUUAUUUUCGGUAAAGUUCGUGGGAAGUUCACAGGUGGUUUCCCCGCUACGUAGAUUUGUCCCCGGAAAAACCGUCCACUUGUAGAACACCACGUCGCGACCACCACUGUCCUUCUCCAUUCAUUAAAAGACCAAACACUUAAAAAAAAAAAAAAAACGAAAACAGCUAAAAUUGUGCGUAUUUAAGACGAAAACCUUCGCUUUCCACGAUUAGCCUCACCCAUCUUAAUUAUAAAUUUUUCCGUCUCCCUAAAUCGCUUAAAGUAUUCAUUUGUGGCGGCUGCAGCACGGCGCCGCUCCCCGCCGCCGUCACCUAACCGCCAAAACAAAAUCCAACAGGUGUUUGUCGGGCCUUUAUCAGUGCAUGCCCAUAAAUCCCGCGUCGUCUUGAUGAAGGGACUGGCCGAUAAAAAAUGCUAGCGUGCGUCUGCCAGCCGGCCGAUCCGGGCAUAUUCCGGCGGUCUCCGGUACCCCUGGGCGCGCCGCCCCUCAAAAUCACCAAAGCCCUGCCCGGAAGAACCGUCAGACUAACGACUCCGGUCAUCACCGACCCGCCGAAGAGCGCCACGGAAGACAGCAACGACAAGAUGAAGACGAAACACAAAAAAUGCAAAAGGCAGAGCGACAAAGACAAAUGUAGUGAGAACGGGGACGGCGGCAAGGAGAAGAGGAAAACGGGCGAGUUCGAGAAGUUACCGGACGGUGUGCAGUUGACUUUAAGCGAACUGCGCGAGAUGGCCUGCAGACAACAGGCCCAGAUCGACUCGCAGCACCAGCUGCUAGCGGCGAAGGAACAAAGAUUGAGGUACCUGAAGGAGCAGGAGGCGCGCCAGCAGCGCGUCCAGGCCGAGAGCGAGCGCCUGAGGCGACUACGGGACAGGGUAGACGCUCAGGAGCUCAAACUCAGGAAGCUGCGGGCGCUCAGAGGACAAGUGGACCACCAAAAACAAAACAAUAUAUCUCUCACAAGUGACCUUGACUCGAUUCGUGCCCUCUUCAACGAAAAGGAGAAGGAGCUGUCCUUGGCCGUGGCGAAGGUUGAGGAGUUGACCAGGCAGCUGGAGGAGUUGCGACGGGGGCGGACGGCGAGGGACCAGCCUCCCGCCUCUGCCCUUGAGCUGGACAAGUUGCGCCGGGAGCUUAUGUACCGUAACAAAUUGAACGAGCAGCAGAAUCAAAGACUAAACCAACAACGAGAGGCACUCACAGCUAGACAGGAGGAGAUGAGCGCCAUCGACAAGCGGAUUUCCGAAUUACAAGAACGGCUGCACAAGAAGCGCCUACUCAACCAGCAGCUGGCCAACCAGAUCAGCGCGGCGUCGCACAAAGCGGCGUACCACCAGCUUGUUCGAUUGACGGGAAAUGGCGAGCCUACGCGUAAACCCCAGAACGCUCAACCGCCCAAUGGGUUAUCCCGGGGGAACAUCGCCGCCGUGGAGCCCUACAACCACGUACCGCUGCGCACCGGGCAGAAGAACAACCUGCAAGAAACACCCACAUAUCACCCAGUAUAUCAGCAGAACCACCAUAUCAAAAAGGACGACGUGCAAGCGACCAACCAAGAGGGGCAAGAUCUGGCCAACAAGAUGGCUAAUUUGUAUACGAGACCGGAGGAGAACGACGCUUUGAAGGAGUUCACCGUGUCGAAAUCAGAUCCCAAAUAUCAAACUUUGCCAUACAAUACGAAGUUUACUGUUAAUUUAUUACCGAAUAGGAUAGUGAGGAGCGACGGCGUCGACGACAAAGACGAUCACAUAUCAAACGUCAAUAUGCAAUCGACGCACAUGACGGUACACAGCGCCCCUUUGAGCAUAGUUAACAAGAACAUCGCUACGCCGCUGAACCAAAACGACUUGAUUAGCAAGAGGCAGAGCGGGAACGACGGGAGCAACGGGACGGUUUCCAACGGAGUCACAUAUCAGAAACCCAUCAGCAGCGUAGCGCCGACGUCAGUCCACCAUUCUGGGAUCCUAUCCAACAUCUACCAGACCUCGUCCAUCAAAGUCCAGCCCGUGGAGCCGCAGACCAUCAGCGGCACCGGCAAGCAAGUCCAGUCGCCUCUAGUGCUCUCUCCACCCCAGUCCACCAGCACUCCGCUCAACAGCACCCCCGAAGUCUCUCUAGACAAAAAUCCAAAGCCAGCCUUGCCUCCGAAACCGGCGAUAAAGCCGCCUCCGCGCCAGACCCAAACCGUCGGCGAGAGCGAUCCGCAACCGCCCCCCUUGCCGCAGACCGAGCCGCCGCCGGACGAUCCCAAGAAAGGUACACAAGCUAACAAAACCCACUCACAAAAUAACCAGACUAAUGAGAUGGUGAUCAAAGCGAAGCCGCUAACCAUUAAAAAGCAGCAGCUAAGCGAGCAACCUAAACUGAGGAAUAACACUAAGCAAAACGGCUUGGCGAACGCGAAGAGAGUGGAACAAACGCAGUUUCAUUUUCCAGAGACGAGCGAAAAGAGCGAAGAGAACGAAACGAAGAGUGUAGACGAAACGGAUAAAGUGGAAGUAAUAGAAAGAAAAGACGAGAGUGAGGAAAACGGGGUGGUGAGGCGAUGCAAGAAAGGCAACUUGAAAUCGGGAAAAUCGAACCUGGCGCGGAGGGUCAGUUUCGAUCCUUUGGCUCUUCUGUUGGACGCGAGUCUGGAAGGGGAGCUGGAGCUCGUGAAGAAAACCGCGACGCAAGUGACGAACCCCAGCGCCGCCAACGACGAAGGCAUCACGGCGUUGCACAACGCCAUCUGUGCGGGGCAUCUAGAGAUCGUGAAAUACUUAGUCGCGUUUGGGUGCGACGUGAACGCGCAAGACAGCGACGGCUGGACGCCUCUGCAUUGUGCCGCCAGUUGCAACAACGUCGCAAUGGUGAAGUUCUUAGUAGAGCACGGAGCCUGCAUUUUUGCUACUACUUUGAGCGACCACGAGACGGCGGCCGAGAAGUGCGAGGAGGACGAGGAGGGAUUCGACGGCUGCUCCGAGUAUUUGUACAGCGUUCAAGAAAAACUGGGUAUCUUGUCCGGAGGGGUGGUUUACGCAGUUUUCGACUACACGGCUCAACAACCCGACGAACUGAGUUUCAAAGCGGGCCAGCAGUUGACUGUUUUGCGGAAAGGGGAUGAAAACGAGCGAGAGUGGUGGUGGUCGAAAUUAGGAGAUAAGGAGGGAUAUGUUCCUAGAAAUCUUCUUGGGCUCUACCCAAGGGUGACUCGAAGUGAAGAAUAGUAUUAUACAUUUUUGUAUAAUGAAUAUUUAAGUACCUUUGCCUUUUGCUAAACUAUGUAUAUUAUUUUAUAAAUAAAAAAGGGGGAUUUAUGAGAGUGGAAAGAUUCAUACCUUUGCUCAAUAUAAUCUGUAUAUUGUGACAGUUUUAAGGUUUUUCCGUUUGUUAAGUUUGUUGUAACAGUUUUAUUUUGAGUAGGUAUUGUUUUUAUUGCUUUUGAAGUAAUAAGCAUUUUAAUAUAUUUUUGACAUGUGUAAAUAUAUAAAUAUGAAAAAUGAUUAUUUACAAUAAAAUAUAUUGAGUACA